AUGACGCCCAUCAGCACGAUUGGUAUGAUGGGCGCAAACAAAUGGAAAAGUUCCGGAAGUACGUCAACAGGGUCGUCUCAGUGGAUGGGUGAAAGUAGUACUAUGACUGGCAUAGGAAAACAGUGGUCAGGAGGUCAAGGGUCAAUAGGCGUGGUCAACCAAGGCAAAUUUGCACCAAUGCUGACGUCAUAUCUGCAACCAGACUUUCAAGUCAAUACUCCACCGACCAAACACCGACACGUUAACACUCCACCGACCAAACACCGACACGUCAACACUCCACCGACCAAACACCGACACGUCAACACUCCACCGACCAAACACCGACACGUCAACACUCCACCGACCAAACACCGACACGUCAACACUCCACCGACCAAACACCGACACGUCAACACUCCACCGACCAAACACCGACACGUCAACACUCCACCGACCAAACACCGACACGUCAACACUCCACCGACCAAACACCGACACGUCAACACUCCACCGACCAAACACCGACACGUCAACACUCCACCGACCAAACACCGACACGUCAACACUCCACCGACCAAACACCGACACGUCAACACUCCACCGACCAAACACCGACACGUCAACACUCCACCGACCAAACACCGACACGUCAACACUCCACCGACCAAACACCGACACGUCAACACUCCACCGACCAAACACCGACACGUCAACACUCCACCGACCAAACACCGACACGUCAAUACUCCACCGACCAAACACCGACACGUCAACACUCCACCGACCAAACACCGACACGUCAACACUCCACCGACCAAACACCGACACGUCAACACUCCACCGACCAAACACCGACACGUCAACACUCCACCGACCAAACACCGACACGUCAACACUCCACCGACCAAACACCGACACGUCAACACUCCACCGACCAAACACCGACACGUCAACACUCCACCGACCAAACACCGACACGUCAACACUCCACCGACCAAACACCGACACGUCAACACUCCACCGACCAAACACCGACACGUCAACACUCCACCGACCAAACACCGACACGUCAACACUCCACCGACCAAACACCGACACGUCAACACUCCACCGACCAAACACCGACACGUCAACACUCCACCGACCAAACACCGACACGUCAACACUCCACCGACCAAACACCGACACGUCAACACUCCACCGACCAAACACCGACACGUCAACACUCCACCGACCAAACACCGACACGUCAACACUCCACCGACCAAACACCGACACGUCAACACUCCACCGACCAAACACCGACACGUCAACACUCCACCGACCAAACACCGACACGUCAACACUCCACCGACCAAACACCGACACGUCAACACUCCACCGACCAAACACCGACACGUCAACACUCCACCGACCAAACACCGACACGUCAACACUCCACCGACCAAACACCGACACGUCAACACUCCACCGACCAAACACCGACACGUCAACACUCCACCGACCAAACACCGACACGUCAACACUCCACCGACCAAACACCGACACGUCAACACUCCACCGACCAAACACCGACACGUCAACACUCCACCGACCAAACACCGACACGUCAACACUCCACCGACCAAACACCGACACGUCAACACUCCACCGACCAAACACCGACACGUCAACACUCCACCGACCAAACACCGACACGUCAACACUCCACCGACCAAACACCGACACGUCAACACUCCACCGACCAAACACCGACACGUCAACACUCCACCGACCAAACACCGACACGUCAACACUCCACCGACCAAACACCGACACGUCAACACUCCACCGACCAAACACCGACACGUCAACACUCCACCGACCAAACACCGACACGUCAACACUCCACCGACCAAACACCGACACGUCAACACUCCACCGACCAAACACCGACACGUCAACACUCCACCGACCAAACACCGACACGUCAACACUCCACCGACCAAACACCGACACGUCAACACUCCACCGACCAAACACCGACACGUCAACACUCCACCGACCAAACACCGACACGUCAACACUCCACCGACCAAACACCGACACGUCAACACUCCACCGACCAAACACCGACACGUCAACACUCCACCGACCAAACACCGACACGUCAACACUCCACCGACCAAACACCGACACGUCAACACUCCACCGACCAAACACCGACACGUCAACACUCCACCGACCAAACACCGACACGUCAACACUCCACCGACCAAACACCGACACGUCAACACUCCACCGACCAAACACCGACACGUCAACACUCCACCGACCAAACACCGACACGUCAACACUCCACCGACCAAACACCGACACGUCAACACUCCACCGACCAAACACCGACACGUCAACACUCCACCGACCAAACACCGACACGUCAACACUCCACCGACCAAACACCGACACGUCAACACUCCACCGACCAAACACCGACACGUCAACACUCCACCGACCAAACACCGACACGUCAACACUCCACCGACCAAACACCGACACGUCAACACUCCACCGACCAAACACCGACACGUCAACACUCCACCAACCAAACACCGACAAGUCAAUACUCUACCGACCAAACACCGACACGUCAACACUCCACCGACCAAACACCGACACGUCAACACCCCACCGACGAAUCACCGACACGUCAACAUUUCACCGACCAAACACCGACACGUCAACACCCCACCGACGAAUCACCGACACGUCAACAUUUCACCGACCAAACACCGACACGUCAACACUCCACCGGUCAAACAAAGUCGAUUCUCCAUCAGUUAUCUCCUCUUCUCCAGCAACGCCUCUAUUUACUCCCAUGGAAACACAAACCUCUUCUCCAUCGACCACAGCACUGGCAACAGAAAUAGCUGCAAACAGUACGAACACGUCACAGACAGCAGCGGCGAAAUCCUCAACGACCAUGACUACGUCACCAUUAACAUUUAUAACGUCAUCUACUUCAACGCCUCAAACGACAUUAACGUUGUCAUUUACAACAGCUACGUCACAACCGGAAGUGAUGUCGUCCUCGCCAUCGUCACUGACAACAGUACCUUCGUCACCUAUGACCACAACUUCGAACCUUCCCAACUCAGAACAUAUUAA